GGGGUAAAAGGGAGGCGGAAAGAUUAUUUUUUAAAACCAGUUUGGACCAUUCACGGCUUUCGAUUGCGAUUAAAGAGUAACAUAUCUACAGAGUAUAGUCUCUAGAGAGUAACAUAUCUACAGAGUAUAGUCUCUAACGUAUCUACAGAGUAUAGUCUCUAGAGAGUAACAUAUCUACAGAGUAUAGUCUCUAGAGAGUAACAUAUCUACAGAGUAUAGUCUCUAGAGAGUAACAUAUCUACAGAGUAUAGUCUCUAGAGAGUAACAUAUCUACAGAGUAUAGUCUCUAGAGAGUGACAUAUCUACAGAGUAUAGUCUCUAGAGAGUGACAUAUCUACAGAGUAUAGUCUCUAGAGAGUAACAUAUCUACAGAGUAUAGUCUCUAGAGAGUGACAUAUCUACAGAGUGGAGUGCUUGGAGAGUACAGCGUUUUGAGAAUAGACGAGAGUUUAUUCUAGGAGAUUUUAGUGUUGGAGGGUAGGUUGCUUUGUGAGUGUUUAAUAUCAAUAGCUAUUCUCGAGUGAAGGCUGGCGAAACAAUAAAGUUAUCAUCAUUAGUUGAACAGUGUUGAAACUUAUUGAAAAUGAGAUUAUUCUUCUGUCAAGGCGGAAAAACAAUUUUGAGAUUGUCGUCUGCCUUUAUAUUAGUUCUGAUGCUGUGUUUUGUACUAGAGUUACGGAACUUGUCCACUGUUCAUUCCAAGCUACUGCACGCCUAUGACUUCAUGGAGGACAUCGGAGAAGCCAGAAACGUCACGGAGCGUCUUCGUAGCUCAAAUUUCAAUUCUACCCUUAACGUCACUGUCGUAAAAGUAGAAAGUACUAACAACGAUGGCGUAAGCAGACAAAUGGGCGAAUGUGGGGAAAAUAAAAGCGUCGAUGUUAGUAGUACUAAUAUGAUAGACUCGCGGAGGAAUAUCACAUUGAGUCCUGUAGCUGUGGAGAAAGUCAAGUCGAUUGCUUCAGAUUUAAACGUAUCAAAAAGUGAAAUUAUUUACCCCACAAAUAUCAUUGGCGAGUAUGUCUUUGUCAACAGUGACCUCUGCAGAGGGGUUGGGGUCAUCGACUUUAUCAUCAUUGUACACACUGCCCCAGACAACCUGGACAGACGUCAGCGAAUUCGGCAGACGUUUGCUAAUGAGUCUCUCUUUGUUCCCUUUCACGUCAGAGUUGCCUUCUUGCUGGGCAGACCCAGGAACAAGAGUUUGGAGAAUAUUCUGUUUGAAGAGCACCAGAAAUACAAUGAUACUGUCAUGGGCGACUUCCUGGACGACUAUCACAACCUGACACUUAAGGGUGUUAUGGGAUAUCGCUGGGUCAGUCAGUUCUGCAUGAAUUCUAGGUUUGUUCUAAAAAUAGACGAUGACGUCAUGAUCAACACGUUUAAACUCCUGUACUCCUUCUACAGUCACAUGAUCGGUAAAAACAAAUCCAUCUUCUGCAGCCACUGGAGAAAAAACUCUAUGGGGAUACUGCGCGAGGGUAAAUGGAAAGUGGAUUCUCGCAUCUUUCCUGGGAAAACGACAUUUCCAUUUGAUUAUUGUAGCGGGUUCGUUGUUAUUAUAACAACAGACUUAGUAACUCCGAUGUAUGAAGCUGCGAAGGUGACCCCAUUCUUCUGGAUCGAUGACCUGUACCUGUUCGGCAUGUUGCCCUAUGUGGUGGGCGGGGUCACCUUUCACAACUACCCUCUAAGUAGCAACCUAACUUUAAAUGACGCAGAGGCGAUGAAGUGUAUUGGUCAGCAGGGGGUAAAAUGUCCGAUUCUGGCGUCCAUCACACGUCCCGAUAUAUUUAGGGAAUAUUGGAAUCUUAUAAAAGACACAUACCAGGCAGGUCUAUGGAAUCUCUCUAGUAACUUCAUAGUCUGAGAACUUACACACAUUGGAAAGUUUGUCUUUUUUUUUUGUGUGUGGAAAUUUUGUAAUAAGUUUGCUGGAUAAUGUAUGAGUGUGGCUGUUCAGGCGUAUUACUAUGUCUCCACUAAGUUCGUUAAUUAACAAUAGAAUACAAGAUAUGUAAAUGGCGAUUGCAACGUCUUCGACUCCGAAGAUUAAGGAUAAGUGCAGUGCGUCACAAGAUAACGCAAAACCCAGUUACGACUUGCAUAGUCUCUGUCAGUCUGUCACAUUUAGUGCAGACACUGCCGUCAUCCACAAUAGAUCUACUUAAGUAUUCUUUUUCGCCCUGUGUGCCUGUCUUCGGCACGGGCUUAUCUUAUCUUAUCUUAGUAUAAGUCGACUGGUCAGUAGUGCUUCUAUCCACACCUGCCUCCAACAUAAGAUUGUUAUUUGUAAAAUAGUCUUGCCAGCAAUAUGGAGCGGAGGCACCUUUGAUGGAAGCUUUUGAGAAGCCAAAGAUGCUUUCUAUUACGUAUUCAGGUCACAGGGCCAUACAAAAGUAUGGUGAGAACCACUGCUUUAUAAACAUUGACUUUUGUUGGUAGGUGAAGAGACCUGUACCACUAAGACUCAAAAAUAUAUGUACCGUUUCAUUAGAUAUAGAUCUAUUGUUCCAAAAAAGGGUUGUAUUCUGUGACUUCUGUACGUAGCUCAAUGUUCUCAGUUGUUGUACUUAAAUACUGUGACUGUGACCUAUGGUAUGGAUGAGUCCAUUUGACCUUUGUUAUGGAUGACCCCUCAAUGUUAUGUGAACAUGACCUGUGUGUAGUUGGAUGUGUAGGUCUAGUACUGGUCGUCCUCUGACUGUAAACUUAGGGUUAGGGUUUGGAAAAAAUCCCCCCCCCCCCACUCCAAAGUUCUGGAUCCGCCAGUGCUGUAAUGGGUGGCCAUGGUAUUGGCUUAUGUAGCAUGUUGGUAUCUAUCCAUUCUUAGUGAGUAUCUUAACUGCCUAUUGUGCACCCGGUGCACGGCAUUUUAUUAGCGCCCCCCCCCCCUUUUCAGAUACAUCACAUAUAGCAGUGGUUCUCAACCUUUUAAGUUCGGCGACCCCUUUUAACAAUCCCACACUCUGCCGCGACCCCCCCCCCCCCCACACACACACAUACAGCAAUAGAAGAGUAGACAAUAACAAUCCAUAUUUUCGAUGGUCUUAGGCGACCCCUGGCAAAUUGUCCAUCGACCCCCCCCCCCCCAAAGGGGUCGCGACCCACAAGUUGAGAACCCCCUGACAUAUAGGUUUAUAUAUAGAGACUGUAUCUAAUAAUAAGAAUGCAUUACAAAUAAACGAAAGAAUGUAGUAAAUAACUAUAAAUAAUCACUUCUUAACUUAGGGCAGAUGAUGUUGAGGUCAUCUGUUUCUUUGCCAACGGUUAACCGAGCAGGGUGUCAUGUGUCCAGCGCAACGACCAACCGACUUGACUUUCCCAGGUACCCAUUAGAUUUGGGUGGAUUAAGGGGUGCCCUGAAAAUUUAGAAAUUUAAAAUCCCAGUCUUCACCGAGAUUCGAACCCAGGCUCCUAAGUUUGGAAGCCAAGCGCUUAAAACUAUUCAGCCAUCGCGCCUCACUAUAUAACUUAGUUUCUACAAAAUACUAUUAUGUCUUUCGAGCUAAUAAGAGACAGAGACGUUCCUUUGUGUUUCAGAUUCACGUUUAACGGCUAUGUCUAAACUGAUUUUUACAAAGCUUAUAUCAACACACUCAGUCUGUCUGUGUGUCUGUCUGUCUAACCAAAAGCUUAUACAUGUUAUUUCUCCCGACACCCAAUCUCGGAUCAAACUGAAAUUUUGCACAUUUUUUAUACUUUACCUUACAACACAAGAAUCAAUAGAACAAAAAUUAACCAGUUAGUUAAUAACGAUUGGUAAUAAACUACUUUGUUUGAAAUCUCAAACAAGGAAAAGAAAUAGUACUUGACUGAAGUGGGGGUAUAAUCUGAAUUAGUCCCCAUUAUUUUGGGCUGCCGUCUCAGGCUUAGUGAACACAACCAUGAAAUAGAAACAAUAGAUGACUAUACAAUCUACGUUAGAAGAAAAAAGCAUAACAAAAUGCUUCUUAAAAAAGCUUAUACGAAGUGUAAUUGUAUCAAUUAAGUUUGGAUCUGUCAUGUAAUUUAAAUUAAAAUGGAUCUAGACCAACAUCAAUGAAUCUGUGCGAUAAGAAUUAUUUUUGGCUUUCUCAAUACGUUAAGAUUCUAUCACUUAUGUGGGUAUGAUGCACCGUUUGUUUCCCCCUUUCAUUUCUCUUUCCGCCCCCGAAUCAUUACGCUUUUGGAUAACUUAUAGUUUUUUUUUUUUUAAGAUCUUGUCUAUGGUAUUUUAAAAGCUAUAGCUAACUAAUUACAAUUAGACUAUAUAGUUUGUGCACUAUUUAUUAUUCAGUGGUUGUAUAACUUGAGAAAUUGUAGUACCUGUACCGAUGGAUGCAUGAAGAGUGUGAUUAGACGGGGAGAGAAUCUAGAUCUACAUCUAGUCUUCUCAAGAACGAAAAACCUGUUGAUAUUGUGGUACCUUGCUAUGCAUAGACUAAUGAUUUAGUGCAUCACCAAUAAGAAGCCUUGGAGGAUGUUUAAGUGAGGUUAUCGAAUAUUGCUUUGUAAUUAUUGUCAGUUAUUAUUAUUGUGUUACAUGAAACUUAAAUUCAACUCUAUUAUUUUUUCAUGUAAAUAAACACUCCAAUGUUAUAUACUUAUAAAUACCCCAGAGUGUCAGUUAAGUAUUGUAUUCGUUUGUUUCUGUCUGACAAAAUGUAAAGGCUCAACAGCUGUCCAUUUACUCAAUGUUGCUCUGUCGCCCAUAUUCUAAUAAAUUCACAAUUUUAUAUCGCGAUCUAUAUCGCAGCUUUUCAUGAAACCUAAAGUCUGUGAGCACCAGCUGGGAAAAGGCUGUGGAAGUCUUCUAUGACCAAUCUAUAUGGAGAAAGCUUGGCGCCAUAUGCGCCAAACGUCGCUGGAGGACCUCUGAUGUUAUAUUUUAAAAAACACUAAAUGCUAUUGUCAUAUGACACGAACCCAGAGGCAUGUUCUGGACACCCAUGUAAUAAGCGCCCAGUGGCAUGUUCUGGAC